ACACCUCGUGGGGUGUCCCAUCUCCUCCAAAGGCAUUGGUGAUUUGCGGUGGCACUGGGCUGGGAUUUCACCCCUGGGACUCACCAGCUCACACAGGCACAAUAAGAAAGGGAAACUGUGAGGCAAGAAGAUGGCAAAAAGGGAUAGGGGCAAAAUCAGCUGUAAAGCAGAAGCUGAGGGGGCUGGCCUGGGUUUCUCCUCAGGAUGUUUCAGGUGUAUCUGAUCAGAAAGAGGAGAUGCCAAAAGCAUUAAAAAGAAAACACAGUGGAAGAGUAGGACCCACACAGGCACACAUAGUGCUCUGUUCCUGCCCAUGUUCUCUUGCUUUCCCCUGCAGUUAACUUGGGAAAGCACAGUAGAUUUGUCAGUCCUUCCUCACUUUACUUGUCCCCAGCUCAGGAGUAAAUGUUCAUUGCAUUUCCUAACAUUUUCUUUCAGCCUUUUCAUUUCUGAUCUCUCUAUUCUUCCUUCCAUGCCUGCUGCUGCAGCUGCCAUGGCCCUUUCUCCAGGAGAGGUAAGAGUCUCUGGCUGGUUUGGCUGCUGGGCAAAUGCUGAGGGUCUGGCAUUGCCCAGUUCUGGUGCCUCGGGGCAGAAGGAGGGAUGGCACCUGGGCCUCCAAACCCAGGCACAUACUCCCACUUCUGAAUCCAAGGGGCAGACAUUCCAUGUUUCAUGCCAGGCCAAAAUGAAGGAGGGGGAUCAGAGAAGGUACAGCAGCCUGGAUGGGUGCUUCAGUACUCAGAUUUAUCUGAUGUCACUGUUGUUGAUGACUAUGUUGAUUUAUUACUGGUUUUUACCUUCCCUUAAGGAUGAGCGACUGGAGAUGUGGCACAGCAAGGCUUGCAAAUGUGACUGUCAAGGAGGUCCUAACUCGGUGUGGUCCAGCAGGACCAACAGCUUGGAGUGCAUGCCAGAGUGCCCCUACCACAAGCCCCUGGGCUUUGAGUCCGGCGCUGUCACCCCAGACCAGAUAAGCUGCUCCAACCCUGAACAGUACACGGGCUGGUACUCCUCCUGGACGGCCAACAAGGCCCGCCUCAAUGGUCAAGGAUUCGGGUGUGCGUGGCUCUCAAAGUACCAGGACAACAGCCAGUGGCUGCAGAUCGACCUGAAAGAGGUGAAGGUGAUCUCGGGAAUCCUCACGCAGGGGCGCUGCGAUGCCGAUGAGUGGAUGACCAAGUACAGCAUGCAGUACCGCACCGAUGAAAACCUCAACUGGGUUUACUACAAGGACCAGACCGGCAACAACCGGGUUUUCUAUGGCAAUUCAGACCGCUCAUCCUCGGUGCAGAACCUGCUGCGGCCACCCAUCGUGGCCCGCUACAUCCGCCUCAUCCCACUGGGCUGGCAUGUGCGCAUUGCUAUCCGCAUGGAGCUCCUUGAGUGCCUGGGCAAGUGUGGCUGAGCACCAUCACCUGGGGCAAAUGUAUAGGUGUCCACCUGUGCAGCUGAUCUGCCUUGCACCAGCUCUGGCUGUGGCCACAGUCCUUCAGUAUGGAUGUCCAGCUUGCAAACAGAAGGGCUGUCUUGAAUAAAAUGUUGUUUCACACCA